UAAAUAAGUAAAGCAGUGUGUAUAGGUUGUAUAGAGUAUCUAAUCGACUUACUCGCCUGGGGACUCAUUCAUUCAGUGUGAUGAGCUUUGUUUAUUCAAUUCGAAUAGGGUAGUUUAUUCAUCCUCCAAAUGAUAAGUAAUAAGCUAAUAAGAAUUAGAUUGAGGGUAACGAGGAAUGAGUUGCUGAUGACUUGAUGACCGAUGAGGGGAUAAGGACUUGAGGAGAUGAGGGAAUGUGGGGAUGAGGUACAUCAGAUCUACUCAUAUAAGUAGAUCGUAACGCAUAUAUUUUUAUUCAGUUUAUAUCAGUGCUGUGAGACCAUAUAGUCGUACUUUAGUUGAAAACAAGAAAAAAAAAUGAAAUCAGUCAUAUUGCUGUUGGCCCUUGUCGCCGUGGCAGCUAGUAAAGAUAUUGUUGCAGUUGUGAAACUCAUGCCACACGACAGUACCAAAUUUGUCACUGGAAAUAUUAAAUUUGUUCAAAGUAAUCCAACUGGGCCUGUAACAGUUACUGGAACAAUUAAUGGACUUACUCAGGGUAAACAUGGAUUCCACAUUCAUGAGAAAGGAGAUCUUACCGACAACUGUACUUCCACUGGUGGACACUAUAAUCCCGCAAAUCAAGAACAUGGAGCACCAACAGACACUGUAAGACAUAUUGGAGAUCUUGGAAAUAUUGAAGCAACAGCUCAAGGUGUUGCCAACGUAAAUAUUGUUGACAAAAUGAUCUCUCUAUCUGGACCAUAUAGCAUUAUUGGACGUGCUGUUGUUGUCCAUUCAGGUGUUGAUGAUUUUGGUAAAGGAGGACACGAGUUAUCAAAAACAACUGGAAAUGCCGGAACUCGUUGGAGCUGUGGCGUUAUUGGAAUUAUGUAAGCGAGAAAAUAUCAUCAUCAACAAGAAAGAGAAAAAAAAAUUUAUAUACAUAUAUUUAUACUAUCAUCAUUUUUUUUUUUUCCCAAGUAUAUUAAAAUAACAAUCUUACUCAUGUAUUAAGGAGAAAAUUUAAUAUAUAUCGCAAUUAAAUGAUUUUAAAUCGUUAUGAUUAUUAAUUAAAAUAAUAAAAUAUUCUCCACGCAUUUA